UAAAUUAAAUUUAAUUAAUUAAUUAAUUAAUUAAUUAAAUAAAUAAAUAAAUACAUAAAUAAAUAAAUAAAAUUGUAGAAAAUCCUUUUAGCUUGACUAACCGAUCACAUAAGUGCAUUUGAAGGGCAUGAAUUGAUUAAGGUGCUGUUGAUUGUGACCUUUUGCUACUCAAAUUAUAUCACUUCCUUGCAAUACUUUAUAAUUGCUCUCUCUUGAUUUACCCAACUUAUUACACUCAACUGUGAAGUCUCAUGCAUGACAGAGAAGCUCAGAUUGAACCUUUUAUUUCAAAUUAUGCUCUUCUGCCACGCAUCUCUCCUGUCAGUUAGGCUACUUUUGGGGCAAAGUUUGUAUCUUUCCAAAUGAGUGGUAUUCAUGUGUUUAAAUCCCAUAGGACUAGCAGUCUUCCAGAAGCUUGGCAAAUUCAGUUUCAAAAAGCCCUAAAGUGACAGUUACAUGCAUUGGUGAUCUAACAUUCAGGCUACUUAAAAGGUGUCUAAAGCCAUCCUGGGAACAUGCCCAGAAUCACUCAAGUCACUCCACCAAUAUUAAUACAGUAAAUAUAAAUAUAGUAAAUACAGAGAAAUCCAUCAAGCUUGUAAAUCGUGUUUAAAUUGUCAUUCUUUAAAACUAUAAGAACAGCACCGGUCUUGUCCCUGAGGCAAAAGAGACAUUGGCUUUUGGGUAGCUCAAUUGAUGCAUAGUUUCUAUCAAUUCAAGGAUGUGAAGAAUGCAAAUUAACAUGGCAAUGAAGAAUAGCCCUAAGAUACCAGAGGACUUUGGAACUUGUUUUAAAUUAUUUAUCCUUUAUUAUUUCAUUUUUAACUUAGCCCUUAGCCCUAAAAACUUCAUUUUUAGCCACCCUGAGUCUUCGGAGAGGGGAGGCAUGCAAAUUGAAUUAAUAAAUAAUAAUAAAUAAAUAAAUAAACUUGUUUUUAUUUCAGACGUUCACUGAAUUUUGCUAGCCUGAAUGCCUCUACUGAAUAGGGAAACUGAGUUAUAAAUUUUAAUACAAAAUAAAUGUAUGUUGAUUUGUUCAUAAAAACCAGCUACAAUGGCUGGUUAAAGUUGGGCAGAAGCACUGUUAGGACUAUGAAAUAAUGGAACUAAGUCUUGUCAGUCUUGGUUUUAAUUUGCAAAUUUUAAAAAGGCCCAGAAAAGUAAAGAAGCAUCAUGUUUCCACAUAUAUACUUCUUCCUGCUUAGUUGGAAUGCCUUUAAGAAUUGAAUCCCUCCCAGAAAUCUGCAAAAUAAUCACUUGAACAUUACAGAAGAAAUUGGAACUGUUUUUUGGCCAGACAUUUUUAGUUAAUGCCAUGUUAAGAAGCUUGACUCUAGGCAGACCAAAUCCAGUUUUGUUCCAAUCUCUUUGAGGGCAGCAGCAGCAAAAUGCCAUUCCGAAUAAUUUGUUUUCUUGUGUGUGUUCUUUGUGUGACACAAAUAACAGCUCAACAAAACACCAGACCCAAGAAAAAGCCAGAACCAAGAAAAGAUGCUGUAAGCCUCAGAAUGAUUGAAGACUUUAAAGAGCAACUAGAGAAUCUUUCCCAAGAGGUGGCCUUACUAAAGGAAAAGCAAGCACUUCAAACAGUUUGUCUGAAAGGCACAAAGAUCAACCUAAAAUGUGUCCUGGCUUUUUCCCAUGCUAAGACCUAUCAUGAGGCCAAUGAAGAUUGCAUUUCCCAGGGUGGCACCCUCAGUACACCACAGACAGGUGAUGAAAAUGAUGCUCUCUAUGACUAUGUGAGGAAGACCCUGGGGAAUGAGGUGGAAAUUUGGCUUGGCAUCAAUGACCUGGCAGUGGAGGGCAAAUGGGUGGACAUGACAAGCAGCAGCAUUAGCUAUAACAAUUGGGAAACAGAGAUCACCACCCAACCUGAUGGAGGGAAGCAAGAAAACUGUGUAGUAUUGUCUGCAGUGGCUGUGGGAAAGUGGUUUGACAAGAGGUGCAGAGAUCAGUUGCUCUAUGUAUGCCAGUUCAUGAUUGUUUAAUAGAUUAAUCUCAGGGAAGGUUUAAUCAAUAUAAUCCAUUGAUCCCUCGAGUUUUGUGUGUGCAUCUGUGUUUGCUUAAACAUAGAUAUAUAAAUUUUUAUAAUGAGACAUAUACAUUUGUAUACACAUUUUACAGAAAAAGUAAUGGCAAUGGAUUAGAAGGAAUUUGAUCUUUGCUGCACUUUAAUUGGUUAUAAGCUACAUCCUAUUUGUUAGAAGCAACAUUAUAUUUACUUAGCUACAAGUCAUAAAUAUCUAUAUUUUUACAUUUAGAAUUUAUUACAAAGACUUCACAUUUGGGAACUUUCAAUCUCUGCCAAAGUUUCAAUUUAUUGUUGCAUGCAAUUUUCCUGCAGUCUUCUUUCUUCUGCUAAUCGCAUCUAAAAGUGGCUUUUGUUAAACUGUCCCUAUCUGUUGGACUAAAUAGUUAAAUUGUUCAUCUGAAGAUGAAAAUGUUUUUAGCAUCUCUGCUUUCAUUUCAUCACUGAACUCAAAAGUAAACAGAGCUGCAUUAGUUUAUUCAAUGUGAACAAUAAGAGAAGAAGCAAUGAAGAAACUAUCGCACUGUAAGCUGCCCUGAGUCUCCGGAGAAGGGCGGCAUAUAAAUAAAUAAAUAAAAAAAAAACCCUAACAAAAAUGUUUUACGUGUUUUGGUAAACUAUAAUAUACUAAAUUGCUUGGCUGUAUUUCUUCUACAAUUUCCUUCUGGGCAUAUCUAGAUUAAAAAUAUUAGGUAAAAAUGAAGAAAAAAUAAAGUAGGGGAAGAACUGACCUACUGCUGCAGAAAAUUGUACCAAUGCUUGGAAAGGAAAGUGAAAGAUUUCAGGAGGUGGUUGCAGCACUAGUCUUCACCCAAGUAAUAUGGUCAUUGAGGGGGGAAAGUAUUUCUUCAAAAACUCCCAUAGAAACAUUAGGGAGCAAGUCAUCAGCUUGAUUCUGACUGUGGUCCUUGAUAAUUGCAUUUCCUUAUUUACAUGUAGGUUUUAUUUCCAUUCACAAAGGAUGACUUUUUUCAUCUGUUGAAAAGUAUGUGAAUGAGUUUCCCCAUUUACCUGAAUAAAGAGGACAUCUAUUGGCAAAAGUACAA